UCCCGGCUCUCAGGGAUCCAAGUGUCCUCGAAGAAGGGUUCUUCACUUCUGUUCCCCUUCCAUUUCAUUUUACUGUUUUCUGUGUCUUCUUUCCGACAGCUCGAAAGACAUUUCUCCAAAUCGCAAAGGGCAGUGCGGGCUGGGUGGGUAGGGCUGGUUUACAGACUUCUACUCGCUUGCUUUGUUCUCCAGCUCAGGCAACGCUGGAGCAUCUAUUUGCUCGGCUUAGCCGGCAAAUUGCAAUUCGCUAGAUGUUAUACAGCGGUCCAGUGAACUUUACAAUCUUUUCAAAUAAACUACCGAGAGGUUUUCAAUUUCAAUUCAUUUUCUGAAUACUGCGGGAAAACUCAAGGUUUGGGGGAUAGAACUGUCCCAGUGUUUUAUCUGCGCGGAUCUGAAACGCAGCGGUGCUUGGCGGACGCCGGAGGACUGAGCGCAGAUUUCUGAUUUUUUUAAAACCCUGCCUGUGUUUUACAUAGUUGUUCACUGCCAAUUCCCAUUUGCACCUUGAGGAAACUUGAAAAAUGCGGCUUUUAUGUAUUGGUCUCAUCCUUUAAACAAUGCUUCUCAGUUUUUCACCAUUUAUUUCCCGGUUUGAAGCGUCUUAGCUCUCUGCCAUGAACCGCGGCGUGUGCCUGUGCUUGCUGAUGGCCGUCCUGGCGGCGGGCGCCCUGGCGCAGCCGGUGCCUCACGCGGACCCCACGGGCCCUCGGGCGCAGCAGGCGGAGGAGGCGCCCCGCAGGCAGCUGAGGGCGGUGCCGAGGGCGGACGACGAGCCCCGAGCACACCUGGGCGCGCUGCUGGCCAGGUACAUCCAGCAGGCUCGGAAAGCUCCUUCUGGCCGAAUGUCUGUGAUCAAGAACCUGCAGAGCCUGGACCCGAGCCACAGGAUAAGUGACCGGGACUACAUGGGCUGGAUGGAUUUUGGCCGGCGCAGUGCUGAGGAGUUUGAAUACACCUCCUAGAAGACCUGGCCUUCAGCAGUGUGAUAGGAAGCAACCUCCUGACUCAAAGGAGGCAGAAUAAGAAAACAAUCACACGCAUCACUCGUCUCUGAUGUCUGACAUUUAAAGUAUCUAUUUAUUAAGUUUUCAAUGUGAAAAAUCUGUCUGUAUCAUUGUCCAACACAACUUUGCACCUUGGCAGAAAUGUACAAAAAGACAACAAAAUGUUUUCCUUAUCUGUGAUCCCCAGUCCUAAUGUGUUACAAUGCUAUUAAAGUGAUUUUCUUCUGUCCCUC